GCAAGUAAGGUUGCAGAUGGUUCGAUGCAGCGAAAGGUAACAUGGCGGAACCUGAGAGCGCUAAACCAAGGGGAAUAAACAGGAGGGGUGCUUUUAAGCAGAAGAAUGUCAUCGAAGUUAAAGGCCAUAAGUUUUUUUUUCGGUACCUGAAACAGCCAACGUUUUGUGGUCACUGCAAGGAUUUUAUUUGGGGUUUUAUCGGAAAGCAGGGAUGCCAGUGCCAAGGGUGUUCGUUUGUGCUUCACAAGCGCUGUUGUCAAUUUGUGACCUUUUCUUGUCCUGGUGCGGAAACAGGCGCUAAUGCCGAGGGUCUUGAAUCAGCGCACCCUUUUAAAGUUCGCACCUACACUAGUCCUACAUUUUGUGAUCAUUGCGGAUCACUACUUUACGGACUCUAUCACCAAGGAGUACAAUGCGAAGAUUGUCAGAUGAACGUGCACAAGAGGUGCAUAAAAUUGUUACCGAAACUCUGUGGCGUCGAUCAUACGGAGCGGAGGGGAAGAAUACACCUCAAAGUUUGGAUCGAAAACAGCGCAAAGAGUCAACUGAAAGUCGAAGUUCGUGAUGCAAAGAAUCUUAUUCCUAUGGAUCCAAAUGGUCUCUCUGAUCCUUAUGUCAAGAUCAGGCUGAUUGACAACACACAGGAGGACAUCAGCAAGAAAAAAAAUGACUCAGACAAGAAAAAAAAAUUCAAAACUAAGGUUGUCUAUAAGAACCUGAACCCAGAAUUCAAUGAAACUUUUGACAUCACACUGGAUGCUGAAGAUUAUAAUCGUCGUCUUUAUGUUGCUGUUUGGGACUGGGACCGAGCAUCACGUAAUGACUUUAUGGGUUGUUUGUCAUUUGGAGUGUCUGAGCUGGUGAAACAACCACAAGAGGGAUGGUUCAAGCUUCUAGGCAAAGUGGAAGGAAAUUUUUAUAAUAUUCCUAUCAUUGAUACUGAUGGAGAGGGCCCAGCAGUGUUGGAGUUAAGAAACAAAUAUAAGUUUAUGCAAGCACAACUGAAAGAAGAAGAGGAAAGACAGGAGAGAGAAUACCAAGCAGUACAAGCAAAUCGCUACAAGGGAGAUGGUACCAGAUACAGGCCAGAAGAUUUUCACUUCCUCAAAGUUCUUGGCAAAGGAAGCUUUGGAAAGGUCAUGUUAGCAGAGCGGAAAGGCACAGAUGAAGUGUAUGCCAUCAAAGUUUUAAAGAAAGAUGUCAUUGUUCAAGAUGAUGAUGUGGAAUGUACCAUGACAGAAAAGAGGGUGUUGGGCUUACACGGCAAACCACCAUUUCUUACGUCUCUUUUCUGCUGUUUCCAGUCAUAUGACCGCCUCUACUUUGUGAUGGAGUAUGUUAAUGGUGGAGAUUUGAUGUUUCACAUCCAGCAACAUGGCAGAUUUAAGGAGCCUCAGGCUGUUUUCUAUGUAGCGGAAAUUGUCCUUGGCUUGCUGUUUCUACACAAAAGAGGCAUUGUUUACAGAGAUUUAAAGUUAGACAAUGUCAUGCUGGAUAGCGAUGGCCACAUCAAAAUUGCCGAUUUUGGUAUGUGCAAAGAAAAUAUGAUUGAAGGAAAGACGACAAGAACAUUCUGUGGCACACCAGAUUACAUUGCUCCUGAGAUUGUGGCUUACCAGCCUUACAGUUUUUCUGUGGACUGGUGGGCUCUGGGAGUUCUAAUUUAUGAGAUGCUGGCAGGACAGCCACCUUUUGAUGGGGACGAUGAAGAUGAAUUAUUUAACUCUAUUCUGGAGCACAGCGUUUCGUACCCCAAGUCUUUAUCCAAAGAAGCAGUGCUCAUCAUCAAAGGGUUCCUGACCAAACACCCAGCCAAACGUUUAGGCUGUGGAGAAAAUGGAGAACAAAGCAUCAAGGAUCACGUGUUCUUCAGGCACACAAACUGGCUGAAACUUAUGAACAGAGAAGUUCAACCUCCCUUCAAACCAAAAAUUAAAUCCAAACGUUCCUUUGACAAUUUCGACCCAGAGUUCACGGACGAAGCCGCCAGACUGACACCUUGCGACAAAUCCUUUAUCGCCAACAUCAACCAGAAUGACUUCCAUGGAUUCUCAUUCGUGAAUCCUGCUUUCCCAGCGAAAGAGAAAGAGCCAUCGAGCGACACUGACAUUAAAGUUUAAGAAUUAAUGAUUAAUUUACCUAGCUAGGUGAUGAAAUGUAUUCGGGAGAUGUUUCCGGUUUUGCGCUUGCGUGAAAUGGUAAGGUAUUUCUAAUAUUGUUGAAAGAAACACAAAAAUGUGGCUUGCCCAUGUAAUUAAGAUGUAAGUAUUAUUCCUUAAGAAGCGAGCUCAGACAAGCUGAUUUGUUCCCUUUUGUGGUGCGGUUGUAAAUGUGAACGAAAGGGAUGCAAGUAACAUGUAAGAGAAAGCUUUUUUCCUAUUUUUUUUUCUUCUUUUUUCUGAUCGUUCUAAAACCUCGACUCAGUAUUCACAACGGCCAAUUAGAAACAAGGCAGAUAUCAAAAUUUCACCGAGAGUUCCGUGGUGCGGGCACAGGGAAAGGGGUGGGACAUUUUGUUAAAAGAGGUGGAACCAAAUUACGAUUGGUUUUAAGUUUUUUUAUCUGAAUGCUUGGUUGAAGGGGAGGGCUCUAGUUUUUUAUUUACUGGUAAGACAGUGAUAUAAAGCAAAACAAAUGCAAUCUCGCAUGGCUUUCGACUACCGCUUGAAAUUUGAGUUGUCUAUAGGUAAUCGGCCCUGCUGCAUGCGUCCUGUGAAUAUCGUCUUUGCUGCGUAAGGGGGAUAAGUUGGCUUGUUCUAUGACUGCGUUUCAUUUUAGCACAAUUUAUCUCGAAAUAGAUAAAUCCAAUUUGAAUAAGUUGUAAUAAAUAUGUGUUAUGUAUGUAUUGUUGUAUGCAUAAUGUAGCUAGGAAGCAAAAACAUAGCGUAUCCAUUCUGGGAAUUUAGGGUGAUAUAAUUGAGUUGGGGUUUUACUUUGAAUUUUUGCCUUCUUUUGGUUUUCUUAUUUUUCCAAAUUGGUGUCAUGAAAAUCAGGGUGUAAAGGAGAAUUGUAUUUUUUUUCCACUGGUUCCUUCAUAGUUUCUGCCCUGUGGAACUGAUUGAAUUGCAAAAUGUCUCAAUUUUUUGUCAUUAUUUUGUUACUGCACACUUUGCGGCACCUUUUUUGAAUGAUUAAAAGGGUGAAUUGUUCCCAAUUAUAUGACAUUUAGCCAGUACUGGUGAGUUUCCUUUUUCUUGUGCUAUGAAAAUUUAGAUAGUUAUUGAUUGCAUCAGGAAAGCUGUAAAAUAUAGCGAUUUAUAACACGAAACUAGUUUCAGUGACACUGUACUUAGCCCUUUAUUGAGUUUUAACUUCCGGUAGUUCGUGAAGAUUCCUUUAAAUUUACUAAUUUCUAAAGUUAGCGACUGCUAAGAAAUGUCCCACGGUGCUUUAGUUGAUGCAUCUACUGACGUUAAUCUCUAAGAAGAAGUUUAAGUUAAAAAACUUUUAGCCUGAGGUUGUUUGGUGAAAGACCCAAAAAGUUUGACGUAAGUUGUUUUCCAAGGAGUAAAACAGAUGAACUUGCAAGAAAAGGAGAUCUGGAUCGUCCUCUUAAAUAUUGUAAAAUCUUUUUAGUUUUAGCUUCUUCUUUGAUGUGGAAAAUUUUUUAUUCUAAUGAUUAAGGGUAUGGGUUUUAGGCGUGGCAUGAAGACGAAUUGCAAAAUGGGAAUUUAAUUGAUCAUUGUAGUUAGUAGGACAUUCAGAAAAUUCAAGAGUUGAACCGCUUAUGUUUCCCAUUAGGUGUUAAUAUCAGCUGUUGAAAUUUCUUUCUUCUGAUUGGUUCAUAUGAAGUUUAUUUGUUGUGAAUUGCCUUCAGUCGUCGUUAUGUGUCUGUUACCCUUCUAAAUUAUUACGAGACUGCUGCAAGUUAAUUUGGACAUCAGAGUUCCGAUGCUAUCCGUUGUAAAUUAGUUAGGAGAAUUAGGUGUUACGACAGGAUGGCAUCCUCAAGCUGAAGUGAGAAUAAAUUCUCUUUGAAAAUUUUUUCGAAAUUAAAAUUGCGAAGAGAAGUUACGUUUCGAUUAUUUCUUUAAGUAGAGUGAGUAGAAUUGUUUUUAGUUUGACUAUUUUGUUCAAAUACCAGAUGUAAAAAAAUUUCCUUAUAUUUCUGUGUACUUUAACUUAAUGCUUAGAGCGUUUUCUCAUUCCAGCAGAGUGAUGAUCGCUUAUAUUUGUGGCUAUUUAUGAAUUAUGGAAAUUUUGGUUUCCUUGUAUACGUUAGCAAUAACAGUACUUGCUACGCUGACUUUUCACAAUUAAUAUCUUUGUUGCGAAUUAUGGAACAAAAGUUUUCAGUAUUGUUAGCAAUUGUUCCCUCAAGUGGAGGUAAAUAUCCACCAUGUUGCACCGAAACUUUUCGUAUAGACCACAAAAAAAAUUAAGAAAAAAAUUGUUUAUUUCUGACAAUAUACCAAUAAAUGGUUGGGAAUUAAACUCGUGACGCGCAAUUUUGUCUCCUCGGCUUCUCGGAAGUGAAUAUUACUAGCUUAUCUCUUCCAAAGUAGCCAAUCAAUACGCGUGAAAAGCAGUAUUUAAUUGUGUGGUAUAUACUAUACUUAAAUAAUCCAGGCACUGUACUGCGGCAUCGAUGUAAAGUGUUAAGCUAGGUGGCAAGGAAAUUCAUAGCAAUUCAGUUUAACAGAGUCACGCAAGUACUAAUUAAUUCUUGGUAAUUUAAAAUUUCUCAGGAGGGAGAUUAAAUAAAGAAUGUGUUGUGAAUGUUUAUUAAAAGG